UCUCUAUCCCAUCCAGAAUGUUCGCGGCCACUUUGAGGUUAUAACUCUAGCUGGAAUUUACCGACUGACUCCGUGUGAAAUUGAAAUCUGUGUACAAAAAUGGCUUUAUCCGUUCCCAAGGCUCCCGGAGUGUCGCAGAUGCUUAAGGAUGGCGCCCGGAUGUACACCGGGCUGGAGGAGGCGGUGUACCGCAACAUCAGCGCCUGCAAGGAGUUCGCUCAGACCAUGCGCUCCGCCUACGGGCCAAAUGGCAUGAACAAGAUGAUCAUCAACCACAUCGAGAAGCAGUUUGUGACCAGCGACGCCGGCACCAUCAUGCGGGAGCUGGAUGUGGAGCAUCCGGCCGCCAAGCUGAUUGUCAUGGCCAGUCAGAUGCAGGACGCCGAGGUGGGCGACGGCACCAACUUCGUGGUGGUGCUGGCCGGAGCUCUGCUGGAGUCCGCGGAGGAGCUGCUGCGUCUGGGCAUCACCACCGCCGAGAUCUCCGACGGCUAUGAGAAGGCCUUGGAGAAGGCCCUGGAGAUCCUGCCCACCUUGGUGAGCCACAAGAUCGAGGACUACCGCAACGUGGAGAAGGUCAAGGAUGUUCUGCGCACUUCGAUCAUGUCGAAGCAAUACGGUCAGGAGGACUUCCUCAACGAUCUGGUGAGCAAGGCCUGCGUCUCCAUCCUGCCGGAUGAGGGCACCUUCAACGUGGACAACAUUCGCAUCUGCAAGAUCCUGGGCAGCGGACUGACCAAGUCGGAGGUGGUCCGCGGCAUGGUCUUCAAGCGGUUCGUUGAAGGCGACGUAACCUAUGCCGAGAAGGCCAAGAUCGUGAUUUUCUCCUGCCCCGUCGACAUCAUCCAGACGGAGACCAAGGGCACCGUGCUGAUCAAGUCGGCCGACGAGCUUCUGAGCUUCUCUUCCGGCGAAGAGAGCCUGCUGGAGAGCCAGAUCAAGGCUAUUGCCGACACCGGUGUGAAGGUGGUUGUGGCCGGCGGCAAGGUCGGCGACAUGGCCCUGCACUUCCUCAACAAAUACGGUCUGAUGGCUGUGCGUCUGAACUCCAAGUUCGAUCUGCGUCGCCUGAGCCGCUCCGUGAAUGCCACCGUCCUGCCGCGCAUCACUACUCCCAGUCAAGAAGAGUUGGGCUACUGCGACAAGGUCUGCAUCGAGGAGCUGGGUGACACCACAAUUGUGGCCUUCAGGAACGAGGGCAAGGACUCUCGCAUUGCCACCGUGGUUAUUCGUGGAGCCACCGAUAACUUCAUGGAUGACAUUGAGCGCGCUUUAGACGACGCUGUUAACAACUUCAAGUGCCUGACCCGGGAUGGCCGCUAUCUGCCCGGAGCUGGUGCCACCGAGAUCGAAUUAGCCACCCAGCUGUCGGCCUAUGCAGAUACUCUGCCGGGACUGGACCAGUACGCCGUGCGCAAGUUCGCCAACGCCCUGGAAGUAUUCCCCAAGGCUCUAGCCGAGAACUCCGGCAUCAACGGUACGGACAUCGUCAACCAGCUGUACUUGGCACACAACUCAGAGUCCGGCAAGACAAUCGGCUUCGACAUUGAGGCGGAGAAGGCCAGCACCAUCGACACGACUAAGGCGAAGCUCUUCGAUCUGUACCAGUCCAAGUUCUGGGGUCUGAAGUACGCAGUGGGCGCGGCCACAACCAUCUUGAAGGUGGACCAGAUCAUCAUGGCCAAGCGCGCCGGAGGUCCCAAGCCGCGACAGGCUGCCGGCAGCGAUGACGAGAGUUAAGCGGUUCCUCUGUGAUUCGUAAUGCCUACUAUAACUAGUUUCUCCUGCUCCCACAAAGAGUGCAUUGUAUUUUCAUAAACGAGUCCCAUGGAAAUUAUAAAUUUCAUUAACCACUCUCACACUCACCCACAUACACAGCCAUGCACCCAGUUUCUUGUAUUAAUAAACUUAACUUACGAAAACUGAA